AUGAACAGCUCUGACAAAUACACUGUAAAUUAUCUGCAAUAUAAACUAGUCGAUGAGGAGGAUGAAACUCAAAUCCUUGAUAUGGAUUUCGAUCUCAAAGAAAGGUCUUCUGAGCAGAUAGCUAGUCCUGCAUCCAUGCGAGAUCAGGACGAACCAUGCCUCAUCAACAAGAUGCCUGCGGAGAUAAUUGCAGCUAUCGUGAGUGAACUCACACCCUGCAGGCGCACCUGUCUCGGAGUCACUUGUAAGGAUAUUUAUCAGUACUUCAAAUACUUAAGCCCAAAGCUAAUCGAUUUAUCUGAAAGGGCAGGCUCGAAAUUCCAAAAUAAACCUCUCCAUAUGCUUCUCAAGACUUGGAUCGGCCCCCAGUAUCGCCGUGGAGUCUUGAUACCCCACCAUUAUCUGCUUAAAUCCAUGUAUGGAGAAUCUCAAGGAUUACCAGAUAGUGGGAAGAAACUUGAAUUGGCGCAUAGAUACAUCGAUUAUCGUCGAUCUAGUAAGCCUAGGGUCAUGGAAGAUAGAAAGAUGCGCAUCCAUCCAUUUUUACUGUCAAAUCCAUGCAACAAAGGGGACAGCUGGAACGAGGAAGCUCUUGAAGUUAUGAGGGAAGACCUUAAAUCACGCCUCGAUGAUCAUACGCAAUGGUUUCAUUACUGGAAUUUCUUUCAUGUGUUUGGAUUGGAUGAAUAUCGGCAUUAUAAAUAUCUUCUUCUCCGGCGAAAGCAGCGGAUGUCAGAUAUCGCUUGGUGCAUUAUGCUGAGUGGAGGGAUGCAAUAG